AUGAGAGCAGUACGCGCCACAGUAGACCGUCUUGACCGCCCAAGCGCCUACUUUAACAACGCCAGACACAAGCGAAGACGAUUCGACAAGGACCAACGUGAUGGCGAUGACGACACAGCAGGCAUGCACCCCGAGAAUCGGGAGGACGACGACCCGUUGAAGAAUGCCACCACUCUUUAUGUGGGCAACCUGUCCUUCUUCACCACCGAGGAGCAAGUGUACGAGCUUUUCAGCAAAUGUGGCGAAAUCAAGCGAUUGGUCAUGGGGCUCGACAGAUUCAACAAGACGCCGUGUGGGUUCUGCUUUGUUGAGUACUACACACAUCAGGAUGCGCUGGAUUGUAUGAAGUAUAUUGGAGGAACCAAGCUGGACGAACGUAUCAUUAGAACGGAUCUGGAUCCUGGUUUCGAGGAGGGCCGACAGUAUGGCCGCGGAAAGUCGGGAGGACAGGUGCGUGACGAGUACCGCGAAGAUUACGAUGAAGGUCGCGGUGGCCUCGGCCGCGCUAUCGCGCGGGAGCGUGAAGGCAAGGACUUUGUUGAUGACGGACGGCUGAGAUAG